UAGCUGACGGACCCCUCGUCCUCUCACACCAGUCCUUCUCCCCUCGCUUUGCAGCCUCCUCCGCGGCGCCCAGCAGUUGCGCCCCGCGGCGAGACGCGGAGAGACGGAGCCUUGCUUCCGCGCGAAGCUUCCGCCAUGGGCGACGUCUCCACCGCGGCGGCGGGCGCGGGGGAGGACCCCGUGCCCAAGGACCCGAGGACGAUCGCGCGCAAGUAUCAGUUGGAUCUCUGCAAGAGGGCUCUCGGGGAGAACAUCAUAGUGUACCUAGGCACUGGAUGCGGGAAGACCCAUAUAGCCGUGCUGCUCAUUUACGAACUUGGCCAUCUCAUCCGCAAACCCAGACGUGAUGUCUGCAUCUUCCUAGCCCCAACAGUCCCCCUUGUUCUCCAGCAAGCAACGGUGAUUGCUAAUUCCACCAAUUUCAGAGUUCAAAGUUACUACGGUGAUGGUAAAAACCCAAGAGAUCACGGGGACUGGGAGACAGAGAUGGGGGAAUCUGAGGUUCUUGUAAUGACUCCCCAGAUUUUGUUGCAUAGUUUGCGGCAUUGUUUCAUCAAGAUGGACUCAAUUGCACUUCUGAUAUUCGAUGAAUGCCAUCAUGCACAAGCGCAUAAGCGGCACCCAUAUGCACAAAUUAUGAAGGAAUUCUACAGUAAUGACAUGGUGAAGCCCCCUCGCAUUUUUGGCAUGACUGCUUCACCAGUAAUGGGAAAAGGCGGGUCUAACAAGCUUAAUUACACCAAAUGUAUCAACAGCCUUGAAGAAUUAUUGCAUGCCAAGGUCUGUUCGGUUGAUAAUGCAGAACUGGAAAGUGUGCUUGCUUUUCCUGAUAUGGAGGUGUACAAGUAUGUCCCGCUUGGUCACUCUAAUCUUACUGUAACUUACAACAAAGAACUUGAUCGCUCAAAGCUUGAGAGUGAACGCAUACUGCGUGAGAGCCUAUACGAUUUCAAGGAUUCUCAGAAGAAACUAAAGUCCCUGGGGAGGUUGCAUGGAAAUUUAGUAUUCUGUUUGCAAGAACUUGGUUCGUUUGGAGCUCUGCAAGCUGCAAAGGCUUUCCUUUCAUUUGAUGGUGAUGUUUUGGACAGAAAGGAGUCUGACAUGAACAACAAUUCUACCAGAUUUAAGCAUCACUACCUAAACAAAGCAAUUUCUGUUCUGAAUUGCAACAUAUUAGACGGUACCCAUGAUGAUUCAUUUAAUCUGGAGAUGCUAAAAGAACCUUUCUUCUCAAAUAAAAUUGUGGUUCUUAUUAAUAUUCUCUCGAGGUACAGGCUAGAGGAAAAGAUGAAGUGCAUAGUUUUCGUGAAAAGAAUAACUGUUGCAAGAGCAAUAGCAGAUAUCCUCCAAAAUUUGAAAGGCCUUGAUCUUUGGAAAUGUGAGUUCCUUGUGGGACGCCACUCGGGACCAAAGAACAUGUCAAGGCAGAAGAUGGAUGCUAUUGUUGAAAAUUUCUCUUCUGGUGAGGUGAAUCUUUUGAUUGCCACCAGUGUAGGUGAAGAGGGUCUGGACAUUCAGACUUGUUGCCUCGUUGUGCGGUUUGAUCUUCCAGAAACUGUUGCCAGUUUUAUCCAGUCCAGGGGACGUGCUCGGAUGACAAAUUCUAAAUAUGUUGUUCUCCUGGAGAGGGGAAAUCAUUCUCAAGAAAAGUUGCUUAAUGACUAUAUUGAUGGUGAGGGCAUUAUGAAUGGAGAGAUAGACUUGAGAACCUCAAAUGAUGUGUUUGAUCACCUCGAGGAGAAAAGUUAUCGAGUGGAAAAAACGGGUGCUUCCAUUAGCACCGCAUGCAGUGUAUCUCUACUACAUCGCUACUGCUACAACCUUCCCAAGGACAUGUUCUUCAAUCCUUCCCCAGCAUUCAUCUACAUUGAUGACACUGAGGGGAUAAUCUGCAGAGUAAUUCUUCCACCAAAUGCUGCUUUUCGUCAAGUGGAUGGCCAACCAUGCCAAUCAAAUGACGAGGCUAAGAGGGAUGCAUGCUUAGAGGCAUACGUGAAAUUGUAUGAAUUGGGUGCUUUGACAGAUUUUCUUCUGCCUGGUUCAGGUUCAAGAAAGAACAGUGCAUCAACAAUAAACGGGUCAGCAAACAACAGUCAUGAUGAUGAAAGUCUAAGGGAAGAGCUUCAUGAGAUGUUAAUUCCCACAAUUCUCAAGCCUUCAACAUGCAAACUGGACUGUCCAUUGAACUUGCAUUUCUACUAUAUUCAAUUCUUUCCCAUACCAGCAGAUAGACAUUAUCGGAUAUUUGGUCUUUUUGUGAUCAACCCCCUUCCUAUGGAAGCUGAAAAGUUGGAGGUUGAUUUGCAUUUGGCUCGUGGCAGGAUUGUGAAAGCAGGAAUGAAACAUUUAGGAACGAUAUCAUUUGACGAAGAACAGAUGAUGCUUGGACGCAAUUUCCAAGAAAUGUUUCUGAAGGUUCUCCUGGACAGAUCUGAGUUCACUGUAUCUCAUGUUAUGUUGGGCAAUAAUGAAACACUGCUGUUUAAUUCAACCUUUUACCUGCUGCUUCCAAUCAAGCAGGAAUUGUAUGGUGAUAUAUUUAUGAUUGACUGGCCAACAGUUAAGCGCUGUUUAUCAUCACCAGUUUUUAAAGAUCCAACUGGUGUGUCUGUGCAUGGAUCCUAUUUACCAGAUGAGUCUUUAAGGCUUCUUGAUAAUAUGUACAGUAAAACGGAUGUCGUUGGCAGUCUAAUCUUUGCUCCCCAUAUUAAUACAUUUUUCGUCAUUGAUGUCAUUCUGAACGAACUAAAUGCUAGAAGUGAAUACGACGGUGCUACUUAUGAAGAUCAUUACAAGGAAAGGUUUGGUAUCAAACUAUCACAUCCCGAGCAGCCACUUUUGCACGCUAAGCAGCUCUGCAAUCUGCAUAAUUUGCUUCAUGACCGAUUACGGGAGACCACAGGUCGUGAAUUGAUGGAGCACUUCGUGGAGUUGCCUCCAGAGCUAUGCUCUUUGAAGAUAAUUGGGUUUUCAAAGGAUAUGUGUAGCUCCCUGUCUUUGUUACCAUCGUUGAUGUGUCGGUUGGAGAAUUUGCUGGUAGCUAUUGAGUUGAAGGAUGUCAUGUUGUCCUCAUUCUCAGAGGCUUCUCAAAUUAGUGCUUCUGGUAUCCUUGAAGCACUUACCACUGAGAGGUGUUUGGAGAGGAUUUCUUUGGAGCGCUUUGAAGUCUUAGGUGAUGCUUUUUUGAAGUAUGUAGUUGGACGUCACAACUUUCUUACAUAUGAAGAACUUGAUGAAGGGCAAUUGACCAGCAGACGUUCUGCUAUAGUGAAUAAUUCACAUUUAUACGAGUUAUCAAUCAAAAGAAAUUUGCAGGUGUACAUACGGGAUCAACACUUUGAACCAACACAGUUCAUUGCACUGGGAAGGCCUUGUAAAGUUGUUUGCAAUGCUGACACAGAAGUGAAUAUACACACAGAUAGCCGAGAAAACUGUAACUUGAGGUGUACAAAGUCCCAUCAUUGGUUGCAUAGGAAGACUAUAGCGGAUGCUGUUGAAUCGCUUGUUGGAGCAUUUCUUGUUGAAGGUGGAUUCAAAGCUGCAUUUGCAUUCCUUUUCUGGGUGGGAAUAGAUGUUGAUUAUAAAGAUUCAUCUCUAUAUAGAGUAUUAGAUGCAAGCUCCAUCAAUUUAUCUCUGACGAGCCACACUAACGUCGAUGAGCUUGAGGAAUUAAUUGGUUACAAUUUCAAACAUAAGGGUCUAAUUCUCGAAGCAUUUGUGCAUCCUUCAUUCAAUAAACAUUCUGGAGGAUGCUACCAGAAAUUGGAGUUCCUUGGAGAUGCUGUUUUGGAAUAUUUGAUAACCUCAUACCUCUACUCAGCUUAUCCUGAUCUAAAGCCUGGUCAAAUAACCGAUUUAAAAUCGUUAGCUGUCAGUAAUAAUUCGCUUGCGUAUGUAGCAGUCCAGAAAGGUAUCCAUAAGUAUCUUAUAAAGGAUUCAAAUUAUCUUUCGACAGCAGUGAAUAAGUUUGAGAAUUAUAUUAGACUUCCCAAUUCAGAGAAAGACUUGGUAGAAGAACCAGCAUGUCCAAAGGUUCUUGGUGAUAUUGUCGAAUCUUGUGUAGCUGCAGUUCUUUUAGAUUCAGGAUUCAACCUGAAGUGCGUUUGGACGCUAGUGCUUAUGCUUCUAGAGCCAGUGUUAAGCUUCUCUGACAUGCACAUGAAUCCCAUGAGAGAAAUUCGGGAACUUUGUCAAUGUCAUGAACUUGAAUUAGGCCUUCCCAAACCUAUGAAAGCUGAUGGAGAGUACCACGUCAAAGUGGAAGUUAACAUAAACAGCCAAGUGAUAAGUUCUGCCGCUGCAAACCGGAAUUCAAAAGUCGCUAGGAAGUUUGCUGCGCAAGAAACACUUUCUAAACUGAAGAAUUAUGGAUACACACAUAAAAACAAGUCACUGGAAGAGAUUUUGCGAGAUGCUAGGAAGAAAGAACCAGAACUGCUAGGUUAUAAUGAAGAACCAAUCAAAGUUGAGGCUGACGUAUCUGCAGAAAUUAAUAAUCUGAAGAUAGGUAAAGAAAGGGAUGCAAACAUCUCUUUCCAAAAUACGGAAAUUUUUAUUCGUGGGACUCUUAGAACCUCUAGCCAAAGAACAGCAGGGGAUACCAUGUUUUCAAAGGAUGAUGUCAGUAUUGAAAGGAAUAAUCAGCUCAAAGUUGCAAAGCAGAAUGGCUGUCUGCCGAAGGGAACAACUCAGAAAAACAUUAAAAAGGAGUAUCAUGGUCAUAUGGUAAAUAAAACAGCAAAGUCUUUCCUUUUUGAAGUAUGUGCCGUAAGUUAUUGGAAACCCCCUGAAUUUGAAUUGUGCAAAGAAGAAGGGCCAAGCCACCUCCGAAGAUUCACCUACAAGGUUACAGUUCAGAUCAGCGGACCUUCGGAGACACUCUUGGAGUGCUACAGCGAUGCUCAACUACAGAAGAAGGCCGCACAAGAGCAUGCCGCGCAGGGGGCUCUGUGGUAUCUCAAGCAACAUGGAUACCUACCGAAAGAUGAAGUUCAUGUGUAGAAACAUCUCUGGAUUUUGUGGCCUCGUUACCAAAUACAAUACCCACAUAUACUUAUUUCGUGGUGUUACGAUAGGAUGUGUCGAUAAAUGUACAGCCCACGUAUGGCGUAUGAAUGAUAGGACUUUAUAGUUAUUCGGUUCAUUCAUGCUCUGCCGAUUUGUAAGAUGACAACGAAGUUAGCUACAUGGCAGAAGACAAAAGAAACCGCGUGACAACGAAUAGACAUCCAACAGUGACAAGAUAUUGUUGUCCAAGCUAAGCAUGUGAAAGGAUAGGAUGUGUCGAUAAAUGUACAGCCCAAUUAUGGUGUAUGAAUGAUAGGACUUAUAGUUAUUCGGUUCGUUCAUGCUCUGCCGAUUUGUAAGAUGACAAGAAAGUUAGCUACAUGGCAGAAGACAAAAGAAACGGCGUGACAACGAAUAGACACCCAACAGUGACAAGAUAUUGUUGUCCAAGCUAAGCAUGUGAAAGGAGGUGCAUUUUAUUGCACUGGUUAAAAUGCUA